AUGUGCCUUUUAUGCAACAAUGUUUUGGGCAAUGACGCUAUGAAACCAUCUAAACUGCAAGAUCAUCUGAGAAGAUGCCACCCUGAUAAAACAGAGAAAGAUUUGAAAUACUUUCAAACACUCAAAGAUAAAUUUGAGAAGAGACCUACACUGGACAGAAUGUUCGCUUCGACGUCACAAAGAAAUGAUGAUGGUUUGCGGGCGUCUUACAAUAUCUCGUUACUUAUAGCAAAAUCCGGCAAACCGCAUACUAUCGGAGAGAAGUUAAUUUUGCCAGCCGUUGAAGAGGUUUUAAAAACUGUUUUACACAAACCUGCAUCUGAUAUCAUUAAAAGAAUUCCCUUAAGCAACAAUACUGUUGAAAGAUGUAUUGAUGAAAUGAGUUCUGAUAUUGAAAGCUAA